UUUGUGUCACACGUCUAGGAUCUCUGCGCCUCCAAAAUACCCGGUACAUGCUAGAAGAGGCGCAUUGAUAUGGGAUACCUUCCUCAACAGUCGCUUGAAAACUUGAAAAAAUAUGCGUACAAGGGUGUAGACAAAUCUUUGGUUUCUCGAUAUGUUUUGAACCCAUUCUGGAACUGGUUUGUCACGCUGUGGCCUACCACUAUUGCGCCAAACACGAUUACGCUCUCCGGACUAUGCAUAGUCUUCAUGAACUUUUUAACGAUGCUAUAUUAUGAUCCUGCUUAUUUGACAGAAAAGGGUGGUGCCACUGCUCCACCAUCCUGGAUAUAUUUUACAUGGGGGAUAGGUCUCUUCCUUUAUCAGAGCUUUGAUGCUAUUGAUGGAAAACAAGCGCGAAGAACUGGAAUGGCAGGUCCACUGGGAGAGAUGUUCGAUCACGGCUGUGAUGCUCUCAAUACCACGUUGGAAGUCAUCAUUUGCGCCCAGGCCAUGAAUCUGGGACGCUCGUGGUGGACUGUUGCAUCCCAAGUUGCAACACUGGCUAACUUCUAUUUGACUACUUGGGAAGAGUACCAUACUGGCCAACUUUUCCUUGGUGUUUUCUCUGGCCCGGUUGAAGGCAUCUUGAUGAUCGUUACCAUUUACAUCAUAACGGGCCUCUUUGGACCGUCGUUCUGGGACCAGGGCCUUCUAGCAUUUUUGCAUCUUGAGCACCUUCUUCCGUUUUCCAAGAUACCUAACAUUGGACUUAAUGAAACAUUCAUGGUGUUCGCUGCCUUCGGCCUGGCGUUCAACAUCGUUUCUAGUUACCUUAAUGUCCGACGAGCGAUGAAGUCAGUCGGGAAGUCAACCCUUCGGCCGCUACUGUUUCUAUUACCAUACCCAAUUGCCGCUACUAUUCAAGUAGCCUGGCUCUCAUACCCUGCAUACCAUAGUUCCGCCAUUAUCAACUCGAGCCUGUUUGUACCCUUCUUGUGUGCUUGGGGUCUUCAGUUCGCCCAUCAAGUAGGACGAAUGAUCCUGGCCCAUGUUACGAGUACACCAUUCCCCAUCUGGGACUGGAUGUGGAUAUGGAGUAUUAUCGGGGCCGUAGACGCGAAUUUGCCUCGAUUGUUCGGCAGGCCGUCCAUCAUCCAGUCUUCACAUGGAAGUACGGCUUGGUUUGUCUACGGAACCUUGGCUAUAUCUCUUUUUGCCUACGCUCGUUUCUGUGUACUGGUCAUCAACGACAUCACGAACUACAUGGGUAUUGCUUGUUUCACUGUGCGCAAGAAAGAUGCUGCGGGGAUCUGGAGAGAUGCUACCAAGGAAAAGAAGGUGUGAGAUCCAUAUAUUGCUCUGAUGUAUCUUUUAGGUCCCUUGUAUUAACAAACUCAAUUCACGUACAACAUCUGAUUAGAUAGACUAGAACAUAGAGGUAUCUGACCUGUUGCCGUAGUUGGAAUGCUUUAGUGCUGUCAUCCGGCAGUCGUGUUUCCCGA